GUAAACUUUAAAAAGCUUUUUGGCGUUUUGACGUUGACUCCUUGAAUGUAUUCGCCCCAGAUACUUAAGAGAUAUUUGUGAAAACGUUUAUUYCUGGGAAUUUUCAUCGCAGAAGCAAUAAUUGGCGGCCGAUUAUCUCAAGAAACCAUUUCAGAGCUKGCGAUCGAAUUUAGAAAGCCACUUCAAUGCCGUUGGAGAACGAUCGACUUGACUGAGUUAUUGAUUGAAGAUGAAAUGUUUAUCGAUCGGGAUCUAACAAGCCGAUUAUCGUCUGGUAAAUGCAGUUUGGUGGUCUUCGUGUCAACGAUUUCGUGAUUAAUUCUACAAAAUGUUUUUGAGUUUCGUUUCGAAUGUUUAUAAAUGCUAUUCUGUUUGAUCGAAUUCUCAUAAAUAUUUUAGAUGUUGCUAUUGAAGUUAACAAGUUAUGUUUGAGGCACUAUUACAUCGUUUGUAGGUUAAAUACUGACUGGUAUUUUCAGCCGUAAACUGCCUGAAUUUCUUAAAUUUCGACGACUUUAAAGCUAUCAUAAUGUCUACACGUCAUCGUAGCACAGUUGGRAGCUCAUCAGAUGUUAUGAACUCUCUCACGGCUUCAAGAGUUGCAGCUACUUACUUUGAUAAAAUAGAACGCUAUGAGCUUCAGGAGAGUUUAGCCUACUAUUCCACAGACUGGUUGUUAUCUACAGACGAUACGAGAAUUAGUGUUGACCCCCCUGUUGGUCUGAUAUCUGGGAUACAGAUUUCUAAUAACUUCAAUAACUGUCUAAUACUGAUACCCCAAGAAGAAGGCAUUCGGCCACUUGAGCUUAGAGAAAUGCAUCAAAUCGUCAGAGAGUUAGUGAUGGGGAUUUUUGUGUUAAAUCAAACUCCAUCCAUAAGUUUGGAAGCUAACUUUGACUGUAGUACAUCAUGUCAGAUACCACCUGCAUAUAAUGACACCAGGGUAGGUCAAAUAAUGAUUGAAGUAGACUACAUGAUGAAAAGUUUGUGGCAUGGGGCUUAUUUUCCAAAGGACAAACGAACAAAGUUUGCUGAGCGAUGGAGGCAAGCUGUGAAUUUAAAUUCAAUGACGGGUUUGCCUGAAACUCGCAGGAGUAUGGAGCUGGUUUGGACAGAAGCUGGUAUCCAAGAUUUAUCAAAAGACCCUGACUUUGCUAAAGCUUAUGAAAGUCUGCUGGGUGAAAAUAAGGAUGACCCAAAUGUGAUGGAAGACAAGCGGAACUUCAUGAAAAAUGUUGACGAUCUGGCUCUCAAGUUGACAUUUAUGCAGAAUAACAUCCACCAACAUCAGAAUUUAUUUUUGCUGGAUUGUGAGUAUAUUUUGAGCAGUAUUGUCAAAACAGAUAAGAUUGAUCAGCACAGUUAUGAAAGACUUCAACGAAGACUCACAAUUCACCAGGAAUUUAUUAAAAAGUACCUUCCAGUGAAAGCUGAGGUUCAUCGCUCCUUAGUGCUGCUGAAGUUCAUAAGUUUCAUGGUUCCUUUUUUSAUUGCACUGAAGAAACGCUGCAAAGUUCCUGACUUUACAAAGCUGCUGCCUGCUUUUACCUUUGAAGAGUGUAAAACCGAGAGGGAAUUUCCCCCUUUGAUUAUCAGAAAAGACUUUACAUGUAAGAACUUUGACUGUUCAGAGAAGUAUUUCCAUCUUCAUGGUGGAAUCGCAUUUGACCGUGAAACUGGUCCCAACCAGGCGAUAAGUGAUGCAGUGAUUGCACAGAAGGUGAAUUUACAAUACAUUUCCACAGAAGACUACAACCGAAUUGUCACCACUGACACGGUKAUGAUGGAGAGUUACCCCAUUAAACCUGUAGAAGUGGAUGGCAAGAGUUAUUAUGUAUUGAAUAUUGACUUAGAAACAUACUAUCCCAGUACACCAAAGCAUCCUUUAUGGAUUCAUGCUCACUACGAUGAGAUUUCUAAGCUGAAACCAAAGAGGUUGCCAAUCCCAGAGYUGCAAAUUCAUGAACAGUACAAGAAGAGGUAUGGCUACCAGAARACUGUCAAGUUGAAACAGAUCCCAGCUGGUUUGCAAGCCAGUGCAGUACGUGGACUGGUAGCAAUAUUCCACACAAUGUGCCGUAGGCUUCCACCAUCYAGACUAACCACACAAGAUUCAUCAGGCCUGUCACUGAUUCAUCAUGCUGCAAUGUUCAAUCGACCACAGAUCAUCACCAUGCUGGUGGUAAUGGGUUUUGACGUCAAUGUUCGUAGGUACAAUAACAUUUCAGCGCAGGGCGUCAGUCCUUUGCAUUUAGCAGCAAGGUGUGGUUCUCUUGAUAGCUUGUCGUGUUUGAUAGCUUACAAAGCUGAUGUCAAUAUACUUGAUAACCAAGGCUGGGCUCCAAUUCAUUAUGCUUCAUACUACAACCAUGUUGAUUGUGUAGUCCAUCUUGUGCACAAAGACAAGAGAUUGUUGGAGCUGACUUCUUCUGAUGAGAGUGUUUCAACUCCAGUGCUUCUAGCAGCUUCCAGUGGCGUUCUUUUGAUGGUAAUUCGUGUGUUGGGAAUACUUUGUGUUGGACCUGCACAUCAGUCCAACAAGUCAACACAGAUGGAAAUCGCUAAUGCAGAAGCCUUGAUAACACUCGUUAAKUUACUCAGAAAUUCCAAAGUUUCUCUUGUUCAGGUUGAAACUGCAAUUUGUAUUGCUAAAAUUGUUUUGAACAACAACCAAACACAAAAGAUUUUAUCGGAGCAGACCAAGUUCACAGUGGUUGACAUCAUGCACUUACUGAAGGACACUGACCAAGAAGUUAGGCUCAAAGCGGGAAUGGCGCUCUCCACAUUUGGAUACAAUAACACUGGUCAGCAGUAUGCUAUCAAAAAGGCUGGAGGAUUACUUCUGAGUUCAUUUGAAGAAUUCUUAUCAUCAGACGAAAACUUGCACCAGGCACACGCGGCCUUUCAGAUCAUUAUCCUUGCGCGUGUGAUAGGAGACUGUGACCAAGUGACGUUGACAGCACGUGGGGUUGAGAUGCUGGUGUCGUUGCUUCGUUCAGAAGACGACGCGACGAAAGUGUUGGCCGCAAGUCUGACGGCAAGUCUUGGUCAUUCUCGUGCAGGGAUUCCUGACGCCCUCAUUACAGCAGGUGCUGUAGAAUCGUUGCUAAAAAGCUUGUUUUCCGAUAACGAUCGAGUUCGUAUUAGUGCUGCUGUUGCCCUGGGGUAUCUGUCGUUUAAUCGUACGGCAGAACGAAUGAUGCUGGUAUCGUGUCGCAAUACACCAGGGCUGUUUGAUGCUCURAUAUCAAAUCUAGGCGGUGGAAAAGUUGCCAUGGUAUUUAUUGAUGAUUGGAAAGAGACCAAGUCUGUUGGACUUCCAUCAGAAAGUCUUGAGAUCAACGGAGGACCACCAGUUCCAACAAAGCUUCCACAUGGGGAGGGUCGUCGUCGUCCUCAUACGACACAGGCUCUGACGUCAUCGCGUAGACGUCGUCAAACACGUGACUAUACCACCAACAAACGAGUUACAUCAGCACCAGUGAUGGACAGCUACCGAAAUCAAGUCAAAGCAAGAGUUAUUCAAGCUAUGAAGGGAAAGUCCUCUGGUCGAGAUACCGUCCCUAACCUUAGUAGAGACGAGUGUUCCACGCCUGUYAUAGAAGCCGCGGGGGUCUGGAAGACAAAGCUUCUUGAUCAACGUCCAGAAUUACGGAAUAGGUUGAAAAAGAUGACGAUAAGCGAAGCUUUGGGUGAAUGACACUCGGCAAUGUUGACAUGAAAGACUGCCGGUUUUAUAGGGUUAAGAUAGUGAAAACCGGCAAAGACUGAACUAGUUUGUUAAUUACUGUCUCGAAAACAACCUAACGGUUGGGUUGGUUGGUUAACGGGUUUUAGAAGGCUCAUGAUUUUUUUACUGUUUACUCAUUGAUCACCAAUGCACUCUAAUUAAUUGUUAAUUAGAUAUUCUAUUGAUKACAUCAUAGAGCAAGUUUUAAGUCGACCCAUCACCCUUCAUUGCUUAUACUAGAGCAUCUAUGAAACUGGACUAGGUUAGUAUAACGGUAAUCCUGUCUUUGUAAAUAUCCACCUUUUUAAACUAAACUAUCUUAAUUGUAAAUAUAUCUAUUUAAUUUGUGUGAAACGCAAUAAAAGUAAUUAUUAAUUCAAAGCAAUUCAAAAAAAAAA